AUGGAUCACAGCGCCCCCGGGCAUCCGCCCAUGUACUCGGAAGCUCCGUCCUACAGCGAAGCUACAUAUGAAGAGGUGCCUAGCUAUGGUGACGAGCACAUUUCCACCCCCACGGGCCAGCCUAGUAGCUCGUCGCACAUCCGCUUGUUGACAUCCGUCGAUGAGCUGGAGCCGGAGGGACGUCCGUAUGUAUCACCCUCUCAGAGUCAGAGCCAAGUUCCUGCCCCUCUCAAGGUCAAGCUGCAGAGGAAGCAGAAAGAGCCUGUGCUGGUCACGUCGGCACUCCGGCAUCUUGCUACUCCAGGGCGUCUGUCGACGCCAGCGCACCUCACGGCUCUCAAGGAAGAAGAGGAAGCCAUCUCCGCAAGCAAGCGCAAGGCUCUGCAGACGGAGACCAUGGACCCGCAUCUUCUGCCCCCCGUGCCGGCCGGCCCCUCGCGUAGGAGAUCGCUGAGGCACCCCAUCAAGUCCCCUUUGUCGCAGCUCGAGAACGAGCUCAUGCUUCAACGAGACGCCAGCUUACACAAGAAUUCAUAUAGGCACUACACGCCGCAGCGCAGGUCCUACCAGCCGUCCGUCGACUCCGACCGCGCCCCGAGCAUCAUCGACACGGCGCCGACCAUGCCGCCGCCCGGCUCCUCAUACAUGCCCUACCUGCCGAGCGGGAGGACGAGUCCGACGAGGAGCUGGAGUCCGAGUAGAAGCAGCGCAGACUACGCGAGGCCGCCGCCGCCGAACUGCAAUUUCGAGCCGAGUGAGUUGAACGGGAGCUCGAGACCAGGAACGCCCAGUAGUCGGUAUGGAGGCAGUCCAAGAAGACCGCUACCACCUGCGCCGCUCUUCUCCGGCCCCGGGGCCGGGGCAAGGAACUCGGCCUUUACGGAUGAUGCGACCAUCUUGAUCCCAUUGGAGAACGAUAUCGGAGAUGGUGAUGAUGUGUUCGGGCCGCCUAGUCCUACCAAGAGAAGGUCGGGAUUGGGGAGGCGGGAUUCGUACAUGACGACCGAUACGCUGCACAACGACGGUGAGGGGGAGGGGGACGGGGAAGGGGGAGGGGAGGACCAGGACUACGAGCACUACGGCCCGGCGCCGGAUGGGAAACAGGAGCGUCGAGGCGCGAGGCAGGCACAGAUGGCGAAGAAAGAGGUGAAGCUCAUUAACGGCGAGCUGAUCCUCGAGUGUAAGAUCCCGACGAUCCUGUACAGUUUCCUACCGCGAAGAGACGAGGUCGAGUUCACGCAUAUGCGCUACACGGCCGUCACCUGCGACCCUGACGAUUUCGUGUCGAAGGGGUAUCAGCUGCGCCAGAACAUCGGGUCGACGGCCAGGGAGACGGAGCUGUUCAUCUGCGUCACCAUGUACAACGAGAACGAGAUCGACUUUACGCGGACCAUGCACGCGGUGAUGAAGAACGUGUCGCACUUCUGCUCGCGCUCGAAAUCUCGCACCUGGGGCGAGAACGGGUGGCAGAAGAUCGUCGUCUGUGUGAUUGCCGACGGGCGACAGAAGGUCAAUCCGAGGACGCUGGACGCGCUGGCGGCGAUGGGCGUGUACCAGGAUGGCAUUGCGAAGAACUUGGUCAAUCAGAAGGAGGUCCAGGCUCAUCUCUACGAGUAUACGACGCAGGUGUCGCUCGACUCGGAUCUGAAGUUCAAGGGGGCGGAGAAGGGCAUCGUGCCUGUGCAGAUGGUGUUUUGCAUGAAGGAGAAGAAUGCGAAGAAGCUGAAUUCGCACCGCUGGUUCUUCAAUGCUUUUGGCCGCGCCCUGACGCCGAACAUCUGUAUCCUGCUGGACGUCGGCACGAAACCGGGGGGCAACUCGCUGUACCAUCUUUGGAAGGCAUUCGACACGGACUCCAACGUCGCAGGCGCCUGUGGAGAGAUCAAAGCCAUGAAGGGGAAGUACGGCACGGGCCUGCUCAACCCUCUGGUCGCCUCGCAGAACUUCGAGUACAAGCUUUCGAAUAUCCUCGACAAGCCGCUCGAGUCGGUGUUCGGAUAUAUCACCGUGUUGCCGGGAGCGUUGAGUGCCUACCGGUACCAUGCGCUGCAGAAUGACCAUACGGGCCAUGGACCGCUGAGUCAGUACUUCAAAGGAGAGACGCUGCAUGGACAGAACGCGGACGUGUUUACGGCGAACAUGUACUUGGCCGAGGAUCGAAUCCUGUGUUGGGAGCUGGUGGCGAAGAGGGAUGAGAGAUGGGUCUUGAAGUAUGUGAAGAGCUGUACGGGGGAGACGGACGUGCCUGACGCUGUCCCCGAAUUCAUCUCCCAGCGCAGAAGAUGGCUCAACGGCGCGUUCUUUGCCGCCGUCUACUCCCUCGUCCAUUUCCGCCAGAUCUGGAAUACAGACCACACCGUGGGCCGGAAAAUCCUCCUCCACAUCGAGUUCGUCUACCAGUUCAUCCAGCUGAUCUUCACCUACUUCUCCCUCGCCAACUUCUACCUGACCUUCUACUUCGUCGCCGGCUCCCUCUCGGACCCGACCAUCGAUCCCUUCGGCCGCAACGUGGGGAAGGUCAUCUUUGUCAUCCUGCGCUACACAUGUAUCCUCCUCAUCGCAACUCAGUUCAUCCUGAGUAUGGGCAACCGGCCUCAGGGUGCCAAGAAGCUCUACCUCUACAGCAUGAUCCUCUACGGCAUCAUCAUGAUCUACACCAUCUUCGCCUCGUUCUGGAUCAUCAUCAAGCAGUUCCAGGAUUCCGCUUUCACGAUUGGGAGCAACGCCUUCACGACGCUCUUCGUCUCGCUCGCCUCCACCAUCGGCCUCUACUUCCUGAUGUCCUUCCUCUACCUCGACCCCUGGCACAUGUUCACGUCCUCGGUUCAGUACUUCGUCCUCCUCCCGUCGUACAUCUGCACGCUGCAGGUCUACGCCUUCUGCAACACGCACGACAUCUCCUGGGGCACCAAGGGCGACAACGUGAUCCACACGGACCUCGGGGCCGCGACGGGCCACGGCAAAUCGGCCACGGUGGAGCUCGAGAUGCCGUCGGAGCAGCUCGACAUCGACUCGGGCUACGACGAGGCGCUGCGCAACCUGCGCGACCGGCUCGAGGUGCCCGUGGUGCCCGUGUCGGAGGCGCAGCAGCAGGAGGACUACUACAAGUCGGUGCGCACCUACAUGGUGGUGUGCUGGCUCGUCUCGAACGCCAUCCUCGCCAUGGCCGUCAGCGAGACGUACGGGACGGGCCACGUCGGCGACAACGCCUACCUCAAGAUCGUGCUGUGGUCGGUGGCGAGCUUGGCGCUCUUCCGCGCGCUGGGCAGCGGCGCCUUCGGCGUCAUCAACUGCGUCGAGGCGUGCGUCGAGGGCCGGGUCAAGUUCAGCAUGAAGGCGCCCAAGUGGAUGGGCGGCUUCGGGGAGAAGGUCGGCGAGAAGUGGAGGGAUGGCGUGAGUAGCAUCGGGAGCCGGACGUCGAAGUCUUGA